AUGAAAGUCAGGUCCUCCAGGUUGAAUGUAGCAUGGAAUGCUCUCUGCACUGGUGAACAAGAGCAAAGUCACUCAGCAGGUACUGAUAUAGUUCAUGGUAGAUGGUAUUUAUUAUAGAAUUGCAUAAUUGAGUAAAAUCACGCAUUCUGAUUGGUUAACGAAGAGAGGUAUUCAGUGUGGAAUUGCGAGUUGAAAACGAGGCUAAGGGAUGUUUUUUUCGCAUCUACGUAACAACUAUCGUCAAAUUGUAACACAACAACUGCAAAAAAAGUUUUUCUACAAUGUCAUUUUAAAAUGUUUUCAAAAUCAUUGUCACCUUUAAGAUAUCCUUUCUUAACAUACUGAAAUGUCGCCUGGUCCUCCACCUACUGUUCCAACCUAAACUGUAUUUACCUUUUUGCAAAAAGCGUCUAGUGCGGCUCAUAACAAAAAGCUCACUAUCUAGCAAAUACCGCCCCUUUGUUUAGCCAGCUUAAAGUCCUUGACAUAUUUAGUAUUAAUUUAUUUUCUGUCACUACUUUUAUGUAUUGUUAUCACCAUAAUCUUUUGCCUAGUAGCUUUCGUGACUUGUUCUUAAGUAGUAAUCUGAAGUCCAUCAAUACCAAAAUUCGACUGGCCUCUCAGUAUAGACCUCAUUUUUGUAGAUCAAAUAUAAAGCAAUUCAGCAUCCUUUACCGAGGACCUAAAAUCUGGAAUUCGUUACCUGUUUCACUAAUUAGCUCUCCUUCUAUAUUUGUUGUUAAAAAAAAUUUAAAGAAUUAUCUCACUGAUAGCCGAUCUGUCGCUUAAUUUUCUGAUCUUGCUCACUCUGCACUCAACCAUGAAUUUAGUUCUCUAGGUAGUUGAAGGAAGCCUAUUAAUAAGCUUCAAGCUUCGUUAGACUUCCUUGUCACAUUAAUUUUAUAAUUUAAUUAACACCUUUUGUUUAUGUUGUAUAAGGUUUUGUGAGUGACUAAAUAAAUAAAUAGUUAAAAACAAACAAAAGCAUUUUUUAAAGUGAUCCGGAGGUUCUUCCUUGUUUUGAACUAAACUACAAAUUCUUGGAGAGGUAUAAAAAACCCCUUUCGCUAGCGACAAUGAGAAAACAAGAAAAUCCUGUGAACACAGCCCAGAAAAUAACAAGCCAAAUUCAAACAAACAAAACGGAGAAGCGACAAUGGAGGAAGUGCCAGGGUCAAUUGUCACAUAUACAGAAGAAGAAAUAAAUACCUUCAAAGAUCACAUUGUCCCUGAAAACACGAAAUUGCAUUCAUCCUGAAUCGUGGUACUUAGAAAAGUACAAAACAGAGCUGAACUUGAACAGCAUUUUUAAAACAUUUCAAGGUACUUACCUUAUAUCAAUCGCAACGUUAAACUUUCAGUGCUUUGCCUUGGACACUUCAUUUCUUUCAGUUUUGCUACCGAAGAGGUAAAAGGUGUAAAUUAUUUUCCUUCGCGAGCAAAUGACCAAUUUGAAAAAGGAUGUUAUAGAUAACCGGCUUGUAAAUUCAGUGAAAUACCUCUAUUUAUCCUUACAAUUAGUGUGAAGCUUGUUCAUGUGUAAAAAGUUUGAAAACAAAUGUAAAAACAAGCACAAGGUACAAAAAAAGUUGUCAAAGGUUCAAACGUGUAUGACUGACCUUACUUCCUAUUCGCUAAUGCAAUGACAGGUUUGACAUUUGACUUUGAAAUGGCUUUCUGGUGCGCGUGCUCAGGAUAAAAACAAACAAUAUUAUUGGUGUUUUCUUUUUUUUUCUGAUUUUUAUUUGAUUAUGCGAUUCAAGGAAAAUCCAUUACCUGACUCGUGAAUUCCACGUUAAAUUGCACUUGAAAACCGAUAUCGGUUUUGGUGUGCAAUUAACGUCAAUUCGUCAGGUAAUGAAUUUUCCUAUAAAACUUACUAAUAUCGUGGAAAAAUUUCUUGAAUCAGAUUGGCUUAGAGCAGUGCAGUUUUUAGUAAACACAGUACAAAAACAAGGAAACAUAAUGCAAAAAUAAGGAAAUAAAGUGCGAAUUUCUCAGAGAAUGAAAACCUGUGAUUGGCUAAUAAACAAUCAGUGUUCUCCAGAAGCGCGGGCAACUGGCAGUUUCACUGGGAACUCUUUUCCAAAGUGCCAGCUACUCUUAUGAGUCAAAACAUAAAAAAAAACUGUCUGUAACUUUUAUCUCCAAUUUUUCGUAAGUUCCAUUUUUUUCCGCGAAGGAUAAAACGGCACCCGAAGCAAAUUGUGUUAAUUCAUUUCUUAGAAUACUAGAACAUGCAAUUUCAUCGGGAAAAUAACAAACAAACAAAAAAGCCACAAGAGCUUGUUUGAAAGUUUAUCGAAAAACACAUGAAAAUACAUGGAACUAAGGUGCCUUGAACAGCUACAAAAGAAGACAGAUGUUGUUUAUUCAUGGUUGCGAAGCCACUCGCUGAGGCACUUGCCGAUAGAUAGCUGUGGCUUGUUUAUCCGACAUGAAGAAUAUAAAUCACAAGCAACUAGAAUACACGCUAUGCAGCCAUUCACUACAGCAAUCGAGGCGUCAGUAAAGCUUCUUUUCUUGUUCAGCAAAACCAGCUUGUGGCUUCAAACAACGUCAUAACAAGCGACCAAGGUAAUAGUUUUUCUCCGUUGUUCUUACUUUUGUAACUGCUCCAAAAAUCCAAAUUCACAGUAAUUUUGAUGGCUGUUAAGAAUUAUUUUUCUUCACAUUAUCUGCCAGGUUUUUUUAGCUGUCCCGCUGUGUAAAAUCCUAGAAUCUCGAUGAGUUUUUAAAAGUGUUCAUCUUUACAAUGUUUUGAUUUUUCAUUCAUCCAGUCUAGGCGAGUCGGUUCAUGCGUUGACAGUUCUGAUAGACAUGUGACAUGUGAAUAGCGGAACUCCCUUGUCUUUUCUGGUUUGUUCUAACAAGAUUCAAAGGGAUUUUGUGGGCGUUUUUAAUAAAAUAAUUAUUCCACUUGCGCUUGUUGGAUGAGAUGAUUAUUGCCAACUCGGCGCUAUGCGUCUCGUUGGCUAUUUUCCAUCUCAUAUCCAACGUGCCCUCGUGGAAUAAUUGUUAAUUAUAAAAUAACUAAGAUAGUACGUGCAUUCUGAUUGGUUAAAAACCAAUAGUUUAUUGUGCCGGUAAAAUCAUAGAAAACUGAAACAUGCUUUAAAGUUAUUUUAUAAAAGUAAAAGACCACAUUUUCUAAAGGUUUGCUGGUGUGAUAACCCACUUGGGAUGUUGGGAGAAGACUGGAAAAGCUUGUAAACCACCCUGACCAGCUUAACUUCUCAGAUCUCUGGGCCUCAUGCCCCCAAACCCCCCCUUAGAUACGGUACUCUCGCUUUACCAGCACUUGGUGUCAGGCACCAGUUACUUUACAUUGGGAGCUGGCUACUCUAAAACUUCUGGAGAACACUGAACAAUAGAAAUAUAUAAGAACCAAUGAGCCUCAGGUGUCACAAUCUGCUUGCUUAUCUUCUUAGCCAUGGAAGAACAUGAAAGUCAGGUCCUCCAGGUUGAAUGUAGCAGAAAAUGCUCUCUGCUUGGUGAACAAGAGCAAAGUCAGUCAGCAGGUACUGAUAUAGUUCAUGGUAGAUGGUAUUUAUUAUAAAACUUAAUAAUAUACAUGGAAAAAUUUCUUGAAUGAGAUUGGCUUAGAGCAGUGCAGUUUUUAGUAAACACAGUAAAAAAAACAAGGAAACAUAAUGCAAAAAUAAGGAAAUAAAGUGCAAAGUUCUCAGAGAAUGAAAACCUGUGAACAAUCAGUGUUCUCCAGAAGCGCAGGCGACUGGUGGUUUCGCUGGCUACUCUUAUGACUCAAAACAGUAAAAAAAACUGUCUGUACCUUUUAUCUUGAAUUUUUCAGAAGGUCCUAAAAGAAACAAAAACAAUAGCUUGUCGUACAAAAAGCUCUUUGGUGUAUGACAAUUUGCCUUUUGCUAAUGGUAUUAUCGAUAUAUUUACUGAAUGAUUUUUGAUGAGACAUUGCCAAAUAAUAUUUUUUAAUUAUAAAAUAACUAAGAUAGUACAUGCAUUCUGAUUGGUUAAAAACCAAUAGUUUAUUGUGCUGGUAAUCUCAUAGUAAACUGAAACAUGCUUUAAAGUUAUUUUAUAAAAGUAAAAGACCACAUUUUCUAUGGAUUUACCAGCAUGAUAACUCACUUGGUUCUUGGGAGAACUCUGGAAAAGCUUGUAAAUAACGAGCAAAACUUCUCAGAUCUCUGGGCUUAAUGCCCCAAACCCCUCCCUUAGAUCACGGUACUCUCGCUUUAUCAGUGCUUGGUGUCAGGCACCAGUUUCUUUUGCUUUGGGAGCUGGCUACUCUAAAACUUCUGGAUAACACUGAACAAUAGAAAUAUAUAAGAACCAAUCAGCCUCAGGUGUCACAAUCUGCUUGCCCAACUUAUUAAGAUUAUAUCUUAUCUUCUUAGCCAUAGAAGAACAUGAAAGUGAAGUCCUCCAACUUGAAUGUAGCAUGGAAAGCUCUCUGCCAGGUGAACAAGAGCAAAGUGAUUCAGCAGGUACUGAUAUACCGGUAGUUGUUUAUGGUAGAUGGUAUUUUAUUUUGAAAGUUAAUAAUAUACAUGAAAAAAUUUCUCUGUGAAUUUGAUUGGCAUAGAGCAAUGUACUUUUUAGUAAACACAAUGCAAAAACAAGGAAACAUAAUGCAAAUUUAUCAGAGAAUGAAAAACUGUGAUUGGGCCAAUAAACAAUAGAAAUUUAUCAGAACUAAUUAAGUGCCACAAUUUGCUGGUGGGAAGCAUGUAUACUUUUAAAACUUCCCCCUUUUUGGUGUAAUUAAUUAUGCCCUGUUGUCUUACCUAAGUAAUCUUUCCUUUUUCUUGUAACACUUUUUUUCUCAAUAUUUUAUUUUAUGAAUUUACCUGAUUAUUUUUAUUUAUUUAUUCAUUGUGGGUUGUUUUUUUUUUUUCAUUUUUGUAACCAAGAUUUUGAAAUUAAUAAAGGUGUGGGUGGGCGUGUGUGUGUAACAAAUAAGAAUGUUAAAACUUUCAUAUAUAUAUUUUUUACAUGGACUCAAAAGAGCAGCUAUAUAAUCAGUGAUUUUGUUACCUCUGCAUUCUAUCUAUGUUCCUGACACAUAAAAAUCGCCAAAGACAUAAAAUAAUUCAUGGAUAUAUCGAUCUGAACGUGUGUAUUUGUAGAAAUAUCCCGUACGUGUAAUUUCUGUGGCAGUUAUGGUUGUUGUUUAGUGAUGCAUAUUUGUUUUAGCCUUUGUUGACUUCUGCUUUAAAAUAGAAGAACUAUAUUUUCAUUUCAGUAUACUAUAAUACAGAGUUUUGGAGUGUGUCUUCAGAUUAACUGUCUGUGGCUGGUACAUAAAGGCCCAAACAUUUUCCAUUUUGGACUCAUUUUUUUUUAACUGGGACUCAUUGGUUCUGGACUGGGACUCAUGAUUUCUCACAAGAUGAGUCCCAGAAUUCAUCAUAUUUAUUUGUAACAAAAACACUGUAUAAUUCAUUGAUUAGACCUUUUGUCAUGUAAUUCAAGUGUUGUUGUUGUGGUAAACAUGACAAGUCAUCAUGUCCGUACUUAAUUCUCCAUGACUGGAUUGUAGGAUUUUUGUUCUGUUUGUAUUUGAUCGUGCAUUAUUAUUAUGGGAAAACUUACCUUAGGGUUGCAUUACUUUGACUAGGACAAAGUUAAAAUACAUUGAAUUCUCAUAGAGAUAAUUAUUUUUGGAUUAUAAUAAUGAGUUCAUUGGUUGGGUCACUCCCAUUAUAUUUGAUGACUGGUUUAUGAAAUAUCAGCACUUAGAAAAUGAUUGUCAAGGUUGUUGUAUUAUCCGAAGUUUCAAAAGUAGAAAUAUUGUGUAUUUUCUAUUUGAAAUCAGGUUUUGAGAACACUUCCACAGAUACAGCUUUAUAAUAGUAAUUCUUGUACAGUUAUACAAGCAUGCAGUACUAGGGUGCGAAAGAAAACGAGGUCAGUUUUGUGCUUGUCCUUGGGAAGGCUGUAGCUUGCAUCUGUUAGCCCAAGAAUCACAACUCUAUUAUCCCUCAGGCAAGAUAAAAAAUAGAAUCCACUAGCCCCAUAGCUUAUAUGAAUUGUGUAGUUGGUUAAUACAAAUAAUUCAUUUACUAGGAGAAGAGUUGGAACAACGCACUCCUGCAGUAGAAAAUGGCCCAAUUGAGGGAGCAAGCAAUGUGCAGGAAACACAGCAACCUCUUCCAGAAGUAAAUAAUAGUAGCCACUUAGAAGAUGACCGCCUAAUUGCUAGAGCAAGGGCAGUUGGUGUGGACUAUGAGUUUCCAAAGCCUGGUGAAGUGGAAACGGAGGAUGACAGAAGAAAGAUUUUAUUUACUUGA